AGAGCAUCACCAUGCAGCAAGCAUCCUGUGGGAAUAAAACUGAUAUAAGACAUCUGGCACACAGGUGUGACAUCUGCAAAGAGACAUUCAGCCAGUUGCAGGAUCUGAAGGAGCACACACACGUGGACAGACGUGAAUUGUUGCAUUCGUGUAACGUGUGUAGCAAAAUAUUCAAAAGGAGAGACACUUUGGAGAAACACUUCCGUUUGCAUACUGGUGAACGCCCAUACUGUUGUAGCGUUUGCAACAAGACAUUCACUCAAAGCAGUACUUUGAAGGAGCAUUCACGGCUGCACACGGGUGAACGCCCAUACAGCUGUAGCGUUUGCAGCAAGGCAUUCAAAUCGAAUAGUCAUCUACAUAAACAUUUCAGACUACAUACAGGCGAACGCCCGUAUAACUGUGGCGUUUGCAAAAAGACAUUCAAAUCAAAUAGCCAUCUACGUAAACAUGUGAAGCUGCAUACGGGCGAACGCCCCUACAGUUGUGCCGUUUGCAACAAGACAUUUGUAACAAAUACUAACCUUAAGAUGCAUUCACGGCUGCAUACUGGCGAACGCCCCUACAGCUGUUGCGUUUGCAACAAGACAUUCAAAUCAAAUAACCAUCUAAAGUUGCAUUCAAGGCUACAUACUGGCGAACGCCCCUACUGUUGCAGUAUUUGCAACAAGUCAUUCACACGAAGUGAUCUAUUGAAGCAGCAUUCUCAGAUUCAUACUGGCGAAUGUGCUUAAAUCUAUUGCCGUUUGCAAAAGGCAGUCACAAAAAGUAAUACUCUUAAAGAACAUUCGCAGCUGUACAGUGUUGAAUGUCCUUAUAUUUCUUUUGUGUGUCGUAACAGAUUUUUGCAUCUGGUUACCAGAAGGUCGUCUUGCAGCUGCUCAUUACAGAAAGACAACACAGCUGCAUUGUUUGUCAAAACAUUGAUGCAUAUUGGACAACAUUCCCUUCUUCAUAAAUAUUGAUGUCCAUAUACUUGUUAUAUGUUUGUGAAGAGAUUUAAAACCAGCCACAGACUGGAGAGGCACUUAAUAUGCCACAGAAGCCACAUUUGUGGCAUGUGUGUCAAGACAAUGACUGUUCUUAAAGGCUUGAAAAUACCCCUGUGAUUACAUCCCGACACAUAUUCCAAUCACUGUAACUUACAUCAUAAGAAGUUUAAGAGGGGUUGUGAAAUUUCUCAUCUAGGAUGCUUCUUUUGCUAUAAGAGUUAAGUCGUGAUUGGAAGCUCACUUAGAGGUAUUUUGGAGGCACACUUACUCUGGGAUAUAAUCGCAACUGCAAUAUCAAUGUACUAUUAAUUUUUAUACGGGACAGAUCAUGUAGCUUAAUGGACAUCAAACUUCAUCCCACAUGCUGCAUUCAACCCAACUCAAAAGUAUUUAUGUGGCCUGUGGUUCUCAGCUGUAUUUUAUAAUGACACUACGUGAUUACCUGGCGUGGCCUGGGUAUGCAUUUAUUCCAAUCUUCUAUUAGUCCAGCUCCUUCCACUCUCAUUAUUCAUCUCCCCCUUUCCCCUCUCUAUUCAUCACCUCCUCCUCC